UCUCAGACAUUUGAAAGCUUUGUCAUCCUUCAUGCAUUUUAGCUGUCUUAGCUAAUGUGGCUUUCUAAGUGAUUCUCGAAACUCAAAUUCUAAGACUAAGUUUCUGAAGCAAUCACUGUUAUUUAUUAGAAUCAAAGAAUCUCGUUACAUUAAAACAGACCAGAGACUUGAUGUGGUUACGUUGUCAAGCAGUAAGCCAGCAGUGUAAGCCAUCUAUGGUUCACAGUCAGCUCUGGUAGCUAACGUUAGCUAGAUAGCUAGCUAUCAAGUUUGCGUUUUGGACAUUUCUCUGUUAUAAACAUUGACAAUGGCUAGUGCUACAAAUGCAAACAUGAAUGCUGUUCGGGAAACAAUGGACGUACUGCUGGAGAUAUCACGCCUAUUGAACACAGGCCUGGAUAUGGAGUCACUGUCUAUAUGUGUACGGCUGUGUGAGCAGGGCAUCAAUCCAGAAGCAUUGUCCUCUGUCAUCAAGGAGCUCCGGAAAGCAUCAGAUAACUUGAAGGCUACUGAAAACAGCACUAAUUAAGGAACCCAGACUCCAUCAUGGAUCAUCUGAAAGCCCGCUGCACAUGACCCUUGUGUGAUUAAGUUAAUGUUUUUGGUAUUUUACCUCUAUCCCUUAAUUUUCAAAAAACCUGCGCCUUCGGCUUGUGUAUAUAUAUAUAUAUGACAGACUUUGUACAUAUUUGAAACUUUCUAUGUGUAUUAAAUUUACUUUGACAUUUAA